AUGGAAGACGUUGGUAACCAAUUCGUGAAGGACCUUGCAAUGCAAGUAGCUGGCAGAGAUUGUUGUUUCUUGGGUGGCAAGGCGGAAGAACUAGUUAGAAGGCCCAUGCAUGUAUCUUUUCAACAUAAUGCCAUCGAUUUUUUGAACUCAUUAGAUGCAAGCAGGCUGAGAACUUUGGUUUUUUUUCCUCGUCUCCCUAUCGGACAGGAUUGGAUGGGGAGGAAUCAUCGUUAUAUCAAAUUUCAAAUACUUGCGCGUCUUGAAACUGUCAAAUUCUUCUUUAGCCGAGCUAUCUGGUUCAAUUGGAAAAUUAAAGCAUUUAAGAAUCCUUUACUUAUAUGA